UAUUUCUUUUCACAAUAUUUUUACUAUGACAUGUUAAUCAUUCAAAAAUUACAUAUAAGUAUAAUUUUCAACUUGACGAAAUAAAACAUGAAGCGUCCAUUGGAAGAUCAAAUGAAUAAGUUUGAAAAGAAUCCAUUAGUGUUUCUAGAUAUUGCGAUUGAAGAAGAAAAAGUUGGAAGAGUUGUAAUAGAAUUAUUUAAAAAUGUUGCACCCCGAACUGCUGAAAAUUUUCGUGCUUUGUGCACUGGAGAAAAGGGAAAUGGCGUUAAUAAUAAGAAAUUACAUUAUAAAGGAUCAAUAUUCCACAAGGUGAUACCACAGUUUAUGAUUCAAGGAGGAGAUAUUAUUAAUUUUAAUGGAACAGGUGGUGAAAGUAUAUAUGGUCCUCACUUUGAGGAUGAAUCUUUUGAAAUUUCACAUUCGUCUGGAGGAUUAUUGAGCAUGGUAAAUGAAGGUCAACCUAAUAGUAAUAGUUCUCAAUUCAUCAUCACUACUGUUCCUUGUAUGCAUUUAGACAAUACCAAUGUAGUUUUUGGAAAAGUUAUCAAAGGUAUGGGAGUAGUACUAGAAGUUAACAAUGUACCGGUUGUCAAGGAUCAACCUGUUGAGAAAAUUCAAAUAACUGAUUGCGGAGAAUUGAUAAGAGGUGAAAGUUGGAAUUUGGAGGAAAAUGAUGGUUCCGAAGAUGUUUAUACACCAUGGCCAGAAGACUGGAAUUAUGAAUUGAGUACUGAUCAAUUGACUUACAAAUAUGUCUCGGAUGUUGUUAGAAAAAUAAAAGAUUCUGGAAAUCAUUAUUUUUCAAUGAAUAAUUAUGUAGAUGCUGGGAGAAAAUAUAAGAAAGCAUUACGUUAUUAUGAAUGGAUGAUAAAAAUGAAAAACAUGCCUGAUACUAUGGAAGAUUCUAUGAAGGAUCUUAAAGUAACAAUAAUGCUUAAUCUUGCUGCUGUACAAUUAAAGAAAAAAGAUUAUCGCAGCACGGUUAAAUUAUGUAGCGAGGUCUUGGAUAUAGAUAAAUCAAAUGGUAAAGCAUAUUUUCGAAGAGGACAAGCACACGUGGGUCUAAAUGAAUACGAUGUCGGUUUAAUGGAUUUAAAACGUGCACUUGCAGAAUGUCCCAACAAUAAAGAUAUUAUAAAGGAAAUUGAAAAAGUGAAAAAAAUCAUGAAUUCCUAUUUAGUAGUAGAAAAAGCUACAUUUCAACGAAUGUUUAAAAAUAAAUAAUCAUUUGAAUAAUUUACCGUGUCAGGAUAAUAAAUUUGAUGAUAGUAAAGAAAUACACAAACAUGACAAUUAUUAUGUGUCUGAAGUACAAAUUAGUAUAAAAAGGAAUAAAUUCACACAUAGCCUAUAGUUUUGUCAACUGUAAAAAAUAUUUGCCAAUACCGUUGAAGUACUUGUAAUCGUAAAUAUAAUAACAAACGUUUAAGAAAUAAAUGCCAGA